AUGCUUCGUAGAAAGGAUUCCAGGAACUAUAAAAUGUUACAUUUCCUGAGAACACUAUACUUUAUCAUGCUACUCUGUACGAUAACGUUAGCAGCAGACCACCGAGAGGAAUCAUUGGGAACAAAUGAAUCCGAAAUGUUACAAUGUCUAAGAGAAUGCAAAGGAUUCAUACUUUUGCUGAAGCUGGACUGUUUGUUCGCGUGUGCCAUUAAGGAUUAUCUGAUAACUAGAAGUUGA